UUAUAGGUCCAAUUCAAUUGGCUCAAGCCCAAUUCUCUCUUUCUCUCUCAUCUCCUUCGUCGAUUUUCUCUCUCCUCAUUCUCUGUGUGAAACCCUAGAUUCGGCGCGAGAUUUAGCAAUAGAGGAAAGACUUGGACAAUUUCUGAAAUAAAACUUACUAUCACACCUUGCAAAAUGCUUUGAUAUUUCCAUAUAAUGUCUGGAGGAGCUCUACCCUGGGGUGUUUAUAUUUGUCAAGUUAGUGCAAUAGAAUGUAUGUUACUAUUGUGGAGCCGGAGAAAUUGUCCCAUCACAUGUCUCUCGAGAUGGAAAGCCCUGCUGAAGUCAUGAACAACGAGCUUGUCCCGGUGGACCCACAACCCGAUGAACCCAUGAAUUCAGAGAUGCAGAUUGACAAUUUAGAGAGACAAAUCAUCAACACAGAGACACCAGCCAACAACAUUGAGGCACAACCCACUAGGCGUAGGAAAAAGAAGUCGAUAGUUUGGGAACAUUUCACUAUUGAAACCGUUGGUCCUGGUACUAGACGGGCAUGCUGCAAACAAUGCAAGCAGUCAUUUGCAUACAGCACGGGCUCUAAAGUAGCUGGCACAAGUCAUCUUAAGCGGCACAUAGCCAAGGGAACUUGCCCAGUUGUCUUGCGUAAUCAGGAGAAGAAUCUAUCAACCCCGUUUAGUGCUCCAUCAAAGAUGGGCACAUAUUCUGAUACGCCAAAACGACGUUACAGAACAGCCAGUGUACCUUACUUUGCAUUUGAUCCAGAUCGGUGCAGACAUGAGAUUGCUAGAAUGAUUAUUAUGCAUGACUACCCUCUUCAUAUUGUUGAACACCCUGGUUUUGUAGCAUUUGUUCAUAAUCUUCAGCCCCGUUUUGACAUGGUGAGCUUCAACACUGUACAAGGGGAUUGUGUGGCAACCUAUCUUAGGGAAAAGCAAAACAUUCAGAAGGUGUUUGAGGGGAUGGCUGGGCGUAUCUGCCUUUCGCUGGACUUAUGGUCUUCAUGCCAAACUAUGGGCUACAUGUUCAUAACGGGGCAGUUCAUCGAUAGCGACUGGAAAAUGCACCGUAAACUCCUCAAUGUCAUAAUGGAACCAUAUCCUGAUUCAGAUGCUGCUUUCAGCCAUUCUAUUGCUGCUUGCCUUUCUGAUUGGAGUAUGGAUGGCAAGUUAUUUUCUGUUGCCAUCAAUCAAUCGCUGACUGAUGCCGCAAUUGAUAACCUUAGAGCUCUACUCUCUGUUAAGAACCCCCUUAUUCUUAAUGGUCAAUUGUUGGUCGAGAAUUGCCUUGCUCGAUCUCUAAGCAGCAUAGUCCAAGAUGCACUAACUUCUGUGCAGGGAAUUGUUAAUAAAGUCAGAGAUAGUGUCAAGUAUGUGAAAACUUCAGAUUCGCAUGAGGAAAAAUUUCUUGAGCUUAAACAGCAACUUCAAGUGCCAAGUGCAAAGAGCCUUGCUAUUGAUGACCAAACUCAGUGGAACACAACUUAUGAAAUGUUGUUGGCUGCAUCUGAGUUAAAGGAAGUCUUCUCUUGUUUGGACACUUCUGAUCCUGAUUACAAGGAUGCCCCAUCGAUGGAAGAUUGGAAGCAGAUUGAGACUCUAUGUACUUACUUGAAACCCCUAUUUGACACUGCCAAUCUCCUGACAACUCCAACUAUGCCAACAACAAACACGUUCUUCCAUGAAGCUUGGAAGAUUCAGCUGGAAUUGGCACGUGCAGGGGCAAGUGAGGACCCUGUGAUCAGCAGCCUGACCAAGUUAAUGCAGGAGAACUUUGAUAAAUACUGGAGGAGUUGCUGCUUUGUCCUAGCAGUGGCAGUAGUUAUGGAUCCACGAUUCAAAAUGAAGCUUGUUGAAUUUAGUUUUUCCAAGAUAUAUGGUGAAGAGUCUGCCUCAUAUGUGAAAAUUGUGGAUGAGGGAAUCCAUGAGCUCUUCCUUGAAUAUGUUGCUCUUCCCCUGCCUCUAACUCCCACUUAUGCUGAAGAAGCGAAUGGGAUGACUAUGAAGUCGGAGGAUCCCCAAGGAAUUGGACUCUCAAGCAAUGGCCUAGGACUUGCAGAUUUUGACGUAUUUAUCAUGGAGUCUACAAGCCAGCAGUCGAGGUCAGAAUUGGAUCAAUACUUGGAGGAGUCCUUGUUACCACGUGUCCAUGAAUUUGAUGUGGUAGGGUGGUGGAAACUAAACAAAGUGAAGUAUCCGACUCUAUCAAGGAUGGCUUGUGAUGUCUUGUCAGUACCAGUUUGCACCGUUCCUAGUGUUUCUGUAUUUGAUACCAAACGUAAGGAGAUGGAUAGUUACAGAUGUUCACUACGACCCGAGACAGUAGAGGCCCUUGUCUGUGCGAAGGAUUGGCUUCAUUCAGCCACAGUUGAUACAGCACCAUCUCCCGUAAAAAUGGAAGUUCCAAUUUAGUACGUAUUUCUAUACUAAUUUGAGUUAUUGUCUUGAACCAUUAGGUAGUAGCGUUUCGAUAUCUUUUAGGUUGUAGUUCAUGUCUUUCAUUGGUCUAUCUUUACUGUACUAUAAUUUGAAUCUAUUAGAUAUUUUUUAGCUCUUUUUCCUGCGUUUUUCUUCAUGUAGGGCUGUGACUGUAAGCGAACUAAAAGAUCGACAUAAACAUCAGUUAUUGUACACUUAUUUGUCCCA